CAAUUUCUUUAGGUCUGUAAAAAGAAACGCUAAGUUGUUUUAAUUUGGUAUUAAAACGAAUUGCACAGGGGAAUAAAUAUGUAUAAAAUAAUUAAUAACAUUUCACUUUUUUUCUUUCAGCCGUGAGGUUAAGAAACUCCCAGAAAGCAAGACUAGCUUUUCUAUAGUUUGAACAGUGGCAAAAACGUCAAAUUUGUUCGAGGUUACAAAUAUGAAAAGUAAACAUUAAAAACUAUAUAUAUACACCGCAUUUGGUUUCUCAUGAAAUAUAUUCUACAAAGCCCAAAACAACCACGGAGAAGGAUCCCUUUGGAAAGGACUAAAACACUUGAAAAAACUACAACCUCCAGAAUGCAUUGCGUCCAGCUAGGUUUUGUUUAUAGCAUUUCCUCUGUGUGUUCAAUUAUUGAUCUGUAUAUCUGGUGACGAUCACAAAAUAAAAUCCCUGAUUCAUCAAGAGGAACUGAAGAUGGACUCCUCCGAAGAGUCGAAGCCUCUGCUAGGUGCAGUGGACGGUUCGGUUAACCUCCUGGAUGCACAAAACGAUUCGGAAGAACAGAACUACCUCGACAAGGUGCAGAAUGGGAAGCUGUACCUGGCCACCUUUGCCGCUGUCCUGGGGCCUCUUAGUUUUGGGUUUGUCCUGGGAUACAGCUCCCCAGCCAUCCCUGACCUGCAGAGAAUCAGCGACCCCAAUCUGAGACUGGGGAACGAAGAGGCCUCCUGGUUUGGGUCUGUUGUCACUCUCGGGGCUGCCCUGGGAGGUGUUAUCGGGGGCUGGUUGGUGGAUAAGAUCGGCCGAAAGCUGAGCUUGAUGAUGUGUUCCAUCCCCUUCAUCUUCGGCUUCACCAUCAUCAUCUCUGCACAGAGCAUCUGGAUGCUGUAUUUGGGGCGCGUGCUGACCGGACUGGCUAGUGGCGUGACCUCCCUGGUCGUGCCUCUGUAUAUUUCGGAGACGGCUCAUACCCGAGUUCGAGGGACGCUGGGGUCCUGUGUGCAGCUCAUGGUGGUGACGGGCAUAAUGGGGGCGUACAUAGCAGGUCUGGUUCUGGACUGGCGCUGGCUGGCGGUGGUCUGCUCCCUGCCCCCCGCUCUCAUGCUGGUGCUCAUGUGUUUCAUGCCGGAGACCCCCAGGUACCUGCUGACACAGAACCGGCGCGCGGAGGCAUGCGUGGCCCUGCGCUUCCUCAGGGGCCCCGAGGUGGACCACGAGUGGGAGUGCAGGCAGAUUGAGGACAGCUCUGCGGAGCGGGGAAGCAGACUCCAAUUACAGGACCUGCAGAAGCCCGAGAUCUACAAGCCCUUCAUUAUCGGGGUGCUCUUGAUGUUUCUGCAGCAGAUGACAGGAAUCAAUGCCAUAAUGUUUUACGCCCAGACGAUCUUUGAAGAAGCAAACUUUAAGAACAGCAGUGUGGCUACAGUCAUCGUAGCUGCCGUUCAGGUGUCCCUGACCGCAGUGGCAGCUCUGAUCAUGGACAGGGCUGGGAGGAAAGUCUUGCUUAUCAUAUCAGGGGUCACCAUGGCGAUCAGUACAGGGGUCUUCGGAGUCUACUUCAAACUCACCGCUGCAGACCCCAGCAACUCAUCUAUCCACAGUCUUUAUCUCUUUACCACCCCAAGUCCUGGUGGCUCAACAGAGGGAGCCCUUGCCUGGCUUGCCCUGGGCAGUAUGGGCAUGUUUAUAGCAGGUUUUGCACUGGGGUGGGGUCCCAUCCCUUGGCUGGUGAUGUCUGAGAUCUUCCCAGCUAAAUCUCGAGGCUUCGCCAGCGGGGCGUGUGUGCUGACCAACUGGGGCUCUGCCUUCAUCAUCACCAAGGAGUUUCAUGAUCUCCUGAAUCUCCUUGCUAAUUCCGGAACCUUCUGGCUGUUCUCUGGGUUCUGUGUUCUAAACGUCCUGUUCACCGCGUUCUUUGUUCCCGAAACGAAGGGGAAAUCUCUGGAACAAAUCGAGGAGCACUUCAGAGGUUCCUCCUAGCCCUGGGGUCGCACGCACGGGCCAGUGUUACUGACAGGACAAUACGAUCCUACCCCUGUGUACACAGCGAAGGAGAUCUUUACCACAACUGCUGAACAGAGCGGGCAAAGUAAUAUCCUCUUCCUGGGCUAAAACUAACACUAAUAAUAAUACAGUGAUUGUAUUAAUUCACAAGCCAAAAAGGCAUACCAGCUCCAUAACUGCUUGGUCGAUGGGAUCUAGUCCUUUUUGUGCUGCGGUUAACUCCGUGUACCAGGCAUGGAGUAAGUCCACAGACUGAAUGAUUGGUUAUGAUGUGGUCACAGUGUGGGUAAAGGAGGUGGCUUGGGUCCAGUGGGCUGUCUGGGUCUUUGCAUAGCCUCCACCACUCAGGUCAAAAGCUGCUCUGCUCUGUCAAUGCAAGACCGCCCUUCCAGUACUGGAAGGAGCUGCUACUCCUGAAUUCAGAGAUGAAGAUUGUUGUAGUUUGUUUUUAAAACCUCGCCCAUGCUUGCAUAUUGUAGCAGACAGAUAAGAGGAUCAUGUUUGGCACAGGCUGCGAUUCAGCUGUGCAGUGCACUGUAUGUAAAUGAAACUCCCCUCAGUGGAUAAAGGCGUAACAUUAAUAUCUGUGAUUGUAACCGUCUUAAGGAAAAUCAAACUGUAAGAAUAAUAUAUACUGUGAUCUCUAAACUUUUUAAUUAGCAAAUAAACCUGCUUGUCAUGGAAGAGCA